AUGUCGAACGCCACUGUAGAGGAUCUCGCUAAAGCCAUCAAGGCUGGUCAGGAGAUUGUUAUUGUUGAUGUUAGGAGUGAUGAUGAACUGAAGGCUAAGCCUUCGAAUCCUGGUAGUGUCCAUAUUCCUAUUGCUGAGUUCAAUGAUAGGAUGAGUGAAGUUCCUGAGGGGCCUGUUGUCAUUCACUGUGCUAUCGGCUUGAGAGCAAAGCGUGGUGCUGAUGCAUUGAGAGCUGCUGGUCGUUGCCCUGUUAUGAAUGUCACUGAUUGCGAUGCGGCCAAGAAGGUUUGUGAAGAGGCUGAGGAGCUUGCUAGGAAGAUGUGA